AUGGAUAACAAACUCGCCUUGACCGCGAAACUUAUAAAAGGGAUUGGAAAUCGGUUGGAGAUUGGAGAGGAAAACGGUCAUGCCGUUGGGUGGUUAGGGUUCUUUGAGCUGGAGGUUGGGCGACAUAGAUUUUUGAAGAAGCUGCAAAUGCUGACUGAGAUGGACGGAACAAAGAAACUAAGAAUAAAGACUUUCGCUGUAAAGAGUCCACGUAAGAAAGAGAAUAAAAGACCUGCAACUUCUUAUGUUCAAUAUAGAUGCAACGUUUUCGGGUUUGCAAAUGCAAUGCAAUUGUACAGACCAAUGCUUCAACAACGCCAAGAUGUCAUCAAUCAUUUGGCCGAGACACCAUUUUGGAGUCUAAUCAAGUUCUACAUGGAUGAUGAAAUUGUUGCAACGGACAGAAAAAAGAAGUCUGAUAUGGAUCUGAUCAAGAUCAUACAAUGCUAUGAUUCCAAGCAACAACAGUUCAAAUUCGGAGAUCAUGAGCCAAAAGCAAUAACAAGUGAAGACGUCGUUGAAAUAUUUGGAUUGAACAACCAAGGGGUUGAACUACCAAAUACAGACAAAUCCACAAAGAACAUGAAGGACAGCUUUGUCAAAGCAUACUUUGCAAAGCAAAAAAUAGUGAAAAAAAAGGACAUUGUUGAAGCAUACCAAAAAUCAGUCCAAGACAAAACUCCUGAAGGGGCAAAAGCUACUGCUUCAAUUAUAUGUGUGCAUCUGCUACAAUCACUGUUAUUUGCAACAUCUGGAACUUACAUAGCGUGGAGCUUCAUAACAAUUUGUGGAGCUUUGGACCAAAUCAGCAAAUACAACUGGGCAAAAGGAGUGAGGGACUACUUGUUCAAGAGGAUUAACAAAUCGAAGAAAAAGAGGAAAAAUGGAGAAGAAUCAGCAACAACAAGCGGAUGCACUGCCCUUAUUUUGUAUUGGAUUUGUCUUCACACCAAUCUGGUGGAGACAAUAAGUGGGCGAGAAAACAUGAUUCCUAGUCACUUUGAUAAAUAG